GUCCAGGUGUGAUAAGAAUCGAGCCACGGGAGGGACGGAGAAGAAACCGCGCGUUUGGACACGGGAAGCUGCUGAGUGGAUUUGGGACUGAGCGCACCUCCCCUCUCAUUUCCUCUCCUUUUCUCACCGAGGCACAAACAGCCUCCGCGCGCGCUCUCUCUCUCUCUCUCUUUCCCUCCCUCUCCCUCUCUUUCUCUCUUUCUCUCUCUCUCUCUUUACGGAGGCAGUUUGCAAUUCCUGUCCUUCAUGCCAGAGCCUGCAGCUGUCUCGGUUGCGCCCCACCGCUGCUGGUGUGGGAAAUCUUCGUAACGCAUGGCGAAACCGACUGCAGACUUUGUAUUCCCCCCGGUUCAAACCCAGAGGAUUUUGCAACUUUUUAAACUAUUUCCUGCGUUGUAAGGAGACCGGGCGAAGGUGUCCGGCAGCCGUGACGCCCCAUCACGCGUUUUGACUGAAAUCUUUGCAACUGUGAAGAAGGAUAUUGGAAUGUGGAAUCCAAGUCUCUCCCAGCGGACGAGCUUCUGCCCCUGAAACCAUGACCACAUACAUGAACCUGACCUCUCAGCUGAAUGAAUCCCAAACAGGAUGCAACCUCACCAAGACAGGUUUCCAGUUCUACUACCUGCCCACCGUUUACAUCAUGGUGUUCCUCACUGGGCUGGUGGGCAACAGCCUGGCCAUCUGGAUGUUCGUGUGCCACAUGAGACCCUGGAGCAGCAUCUCCGUCUACAUGUUCAACCUGGCCCUGGCUGACUUCUGCUACGUCCUCUCUCUGCCGUUCCUCAUCUUCUACUACUUCAACAAAACCAACUGGAUAUUCGGAGAUGUCCUGUGCCGUCUUCAGCGCUUCAUAUUCCACGUCAACCUCUAUGGAAGUAUUCUGUUUCUCACCUGCAUCAGUGUUCACAGGUACACCGGCGUGGUGCACCCGCUCAAGUCUCUCGGCAGGUUAAAGAAGAAGAACGCGGUCAUUACCAGCGCCUCGGUGUGGUUGAUAGUCAUCAUAAGCAUGUCUCCAAUUCUUUACUAUUCCAGGACAGGUUCGAAGGGCAAUGCAACAACUUGCUAUGACACAACCACUAAGGAUGAGUUACCAGGCUACUUCAUUUAUAGCAUGACUUUGACCGUGUUCGGAUUCUGCGUCCCGUUCAUCAUCAUAUUUUGCUGCUAUGGCAUGAUUGUCAAGGCGCUGAUCUACAACGACAUGAACAAUGCGCCUCUGCGGCAGAAAUCCAUCCACCUGGUCAUCAUUGUGCUCGCCGUCUUCGCUGUCUCCUACCUGCCCUUCCACGUCAUGAAAAACCUCAACAUGCGGGCCAGGCUGUACUUCCAGAGCCCCGACAUGUGUGACUUCAACAACCGGGUCUACGCCACCUACCAGGUGACGCGGGGCCUUGCCAGCCUCAACAGUUGCGUGGACCCUAUCCUCUACUUCCUGGCUGGAGACACCUUCAGGAGGAAGCUGUCGCGGGCUACAAAGAAAACCUCUAGGAAGGGGGACACCGUCCUUCAGUCUAAGAGUGAUGAGACGGCUCUCAACAGCCUGACUGAGUAUGUGGAGAACGGGAACCGUAGACACUGAGGGUCCUUUAAGCUCCUGCAAGGAAUAGACUUGGGAGUAAAUAAAUGCACUGUGUGGACUGAAGACCUUAUGUACAGAUAAUUCAGAUUAUGGUUUGUAUAGAUGUUGGAUAACUUCUCCAUUACACCAUGUGUUGACCAGUGCUUGUCAACAUUGAUAAGCUAAUGUACCGUACUGUCAUGUAUUGUAUUGUACUCAGAAUAUUAGAGCCAUCACUCAUCUUUUGUUUUUUUAUAAAUAAUUUGUGUUGCUUACACUUUGGACUAAAUGAGCACCAAGAGGGAGCCUGGCCGAGGGAAGUGGAUUGUCGGACAGGCAAUAAUCUUUUGUCCGUCAAUUUCCUCAGCAAUGUAGGGUUUCGGGAGCCUUGCGUCUUCUCAGCGCACAAGCUGAUGUUUAAUCAAUAUCUAUUUAGCAGGUGAGAGAUUACGCCUGAGGAGGUGUAGGGAUUUGGAUGGCUUUUGGAAGAAAAAGUAAAUGCACUGAGCCCAUGGUUGCAGACCAGAUGUCCGCAGCAGACAUUGUAAUAUAGUAUGAGCACAAUGUAUCUGCUCUAGCUGUUAAUCUUCAUGUUUUUUCCCCUCCAUCUAUAACUUUUGUGAGGGUGGAAUGUGGUUAACUCUGAGGUAAAAGUCUACUAAGACUCUUUUCACCAAUAAUUCUUCCCUUCUAACCUGUUUGUCACAGAAAAUAAUUUGCAGUAUUUUUUUUUGUAUCUGAUGCUAAUCGUUUUUUUUUUCUAGGUGUACUGUACAGGAUGUUGUGACUGUUAAGGUUAGUGUACUUCAUCCUGUGUAAUUUAAAAAAUAAUAAUUUUGAGCGUUUUAAUUUGUGAGUCCUGUAUGAAACCAGUAAAAGUGAAAAAAUGACUCACACCGACAAGUUCUAACUAUCCCUUGCAUUCAUUGCUACAUAGAACAUAUUAGUCACAAUACUUCAGUUGCUUUGCAGCUCUAUCAACAUGUUGAAGAUCUGUUUGUAUGAGAUACCUCAAAGUGAAUAGUGCACUAUGUCUGUGUUUGGCAGAUAAUCUUUUUUUUGUUUUGUUAUGUUUUGCUACCUGUUGUAAGCCUUGUGGAAAAAAAAAUAUUGUGAAACUCUCCUUACAUGUUUUGUGUAGAUGUUCGAUGUUCAAAGCCUACUAAAUCCUGUGUUGUGGCCUGUUUUCAGUAUCAAAAAAGGAAGUAAAUCUGCUGUGCAAGACAUUUUUGGCCACAUU